AUGGACGAUGCUCGCGUACGGAAAAUUUUCAUUUCGGUAGAGGAAUAUGCCGCGAAGGUAGGAAAUAUUCGCGAGACCGUGUGCUCGUUGGAGAAGAGCUUAAUGAUUUCGCGGAGUUUGGAGGUUGAACGAUGGCUGAGAUACUCGAUCUUGAAAACAAAGAACAGAACAGCGAUAGACGAUCUCAAGAAAGCGAAUAAACGCAAUAAAAGCAUGCUGAAUUUAUUCCGGCAGUGCGUCACUGACAAUCGUUUCGGUAAUGAAAUUGCGUUGCCAGAGUCUUUGAAGAGGGAAGUGCAGAGAACCUGGCACCAGAAAUACGAUGCUUUGCUGGUGCAAAACGAGCAGUUAAAGAAAGAUGUUACAAACGCGAAUUUUCUUCUCAAGGAGAAACGGAACGAAAUUCAAGAUCUCCAACAAAAAUUAUUAACUCUCGGCGACAAGCUAAUCGAACGCAACGAAGCGAUGGAAAACGUCUGCGAAAUGUAUUUGAGGCUGAAAAAGAGGAAAGACGAACAGGAAACGUUGCUACGGGGUUCCAUCGAAACGCUGCGGGUCGAAGCAACUAGGAAACGUUAA